GCGCAUGUUAAACGUGAUUUAUGUAAAUUAUAUAAAAGUGGAUUUUGGUAUCACGAAAAAACUGUAGUUAUAUCAUCCAGAUAUUAUUUUGGUAGUAAAAUUAUAACAAUUUUUCUGUUAUCAAUGCUUGUAAAUUAAUGUAAAGUAAUCACGACGGAGAUUGAUGGUGGAGAUAUAACUGAUGCAUUGUUGUACACCAUAUAUAAGACCCAUGUUUGAGAUGUUGAACCUCGCGUGGCUGCUGAUGGCGCUGAGCGUCGCACGAGCAGACCAUCCUCCCCCGGCGGCGUCUUAUGGCGCUCCUCCACCGACCUAUGGUCCACCUCCUGCUCCAUCUUAUGGACCACCUCCUGCUCCAUCUUAUGGACCUCCUCCGGAGCAGAGUUACGGGCCACCACCGGAGCAGAGUUACGGUCCACCACCAGAGCAGAGUUACGGACCACCACCAGCUUCGUAUGGCCCUCCAGCUCCGACUUACGGUCCACCAAAAGCGACGUACACGCAACUAACUCCCAUCUACCCAACUUAUAUACAAGCCGUUCCUGCCUACAUCGUGCCAAUACCUCAUCACGAGGUGCAAGGUGGCAAAGGCAAAGGGAAAGGAAAAGACAAAGAUAGCUUUUUCCAAAAGAAAGGCAACAAAUACUAUUUUCCUGAAGAAAUUCGUGAAAAGUUCCAGGAACUUAAGGACGCCAAAGAAUACAUCAAAGUGGGCCUCAAUAAUAUCAAGAGCAAAAUUCUGGAGUGGAAGGGACGUUUGAAGAGGGCCAAAGGCGCUUUCUUUGCGGACAAAGGAGAACAGCUCAUCGAUCAGGCCCUUGAUCUUUACACGCCGCAAGAGGGCAAGGGCAAAGGAAAGGGAAAGGGAAAAGGCAAAGGCAAAGGCUUUGAUGACUACGAAGACGAGAGCUCUUACGGAGGCUACGGAUACGGUCCCCCAUCUAGUGGAUAUGGUGCUUCAGAAGGCAAAAGUAAGGGAAAGGGAAAGGGUAAGGGUAAAGGAAAAGGAGGUGAUGAUGUUGAUUAUUCUGGAUAUUAUGAUAAUUAUGGAGAAGGGAAAGGAAAGGGCAAAGGCAAAGGGAAAGGUAAAGGUUCCUCGAAAGGAAAAGGAAAGGGAAAAGGUAAAAAAGAGCCAGAAGUAAUAGAAGAGCCAUACCCUGCUCCAGUGGAAAAGCCAAAAGCGUCUUAUGGGCCUCCACCUGCGCCAUCUUAUGGGCCUCCACCUGCACCAUCUUAUGGUCCUCCAGCUGAGCCUAAACCUUCAUAUGGACCCCCGGCCGAGGAGCCAAAAGGUUCUUAUGGACCUCCACCAGCGCCAUCAUACGGCCCUCCACCUAGUCCUCCACAACAGUCAUACGGUGCACCACAGGCCAGUUAUGGCGCCCCAGCACCAGUUGAGUCGAGUAACUAUCAAGUAUUCAACCAUGAUGAUAGUGAACCUCUCGCUCCGUCCGCACCUCCAUCAAGUGGGCCUACAUAUGGAAAUGGCGGUAAUGACGAAGGAAGAGGCAUUGGACAUGCUUCAGAAGCUGUCAGUGAAGAAUAUGGGCCACCUAAAACACAUGACGUAGUUGAAGCGUCAAAGGAAGGGUAUGGAUCUGCAAUAGGCGUUGGAGUUGGAGGAGGACCUAUUUCAGAUGAUGGUGGUAACGGUGGUGGAGGUGAAGUCAGUAUUAAUUCCAAUGGCGGUAAUGGAGGAGGUACUAGUGGUACGACAUAUGGUGAUGGAGCUGUUGGGAUAAGUCCAACCGUACAGAAUGGUGGCUCGUUCGCCGUUGGCGGAUUCGCAGAUUCCGCAGCACUUGACGACAUCGAGGAGGGCCCGUCGUCUUACGCAGCAUUACCUUCAGUUCAACAUUCUGUUUACGUUCAAGCGAAUGGACGGCGCAUUAGAUCGCCCAAUCGAAGAAGAGACUCGAGUCAACAACCUGGGCUCGCCUUCUACAGCUUCGUUCCCACCCACUACGGCGAGUCGCCCCUGAGACGAGUACGGCGCGACGAGAGCACGUAUUCCGCUGUUCCAACCGGUGAAGUGCCGGUAUCAUCUGUGCAUUCGCCACGUCUGUUCAACGUGGCAUCGACUAGAUUUGGACUUCCUUUCCUUGGAUCCAAUGGCAAUUAUCGAACUUAAGACCCUCCCUCCGUCGACACACAAGUCGCAUUUAUGCGACGAGUUUGAUUGUCCCAGUCGAUGCAGGUUACGGGAAGUCCCUCAGCUAAUGAGUGAAGCGUGAACAAUUAAUUGUUAAUGUUGAUGUUUGUAUGGUAUAAGUGAUUCUACUGCAACCAGGUGUUUAUUUUCGUUUGUGGAUGUUGCAAAGUUACCAUUGUUGAUUGUUUUAAAAAAAGAAUCAUUAGGUAGAAUAAUUGUUGAAAGUAAUUGAGCAAUUUGUGAGAUUCUUUUGCGGUAAUUACAAUGUGACGCUCGCAUUCAAAAUGAAAAUGUUAUAGACGAGAUUAAGAUAGUUAAAAUUUUACAAUAUCGUCUUUUACAAAUCAUAUCCCAAUUUAUAUACUGCUAUACUUGAAUAUUCAUACUUGCCUACUGCGUUGAAAUUUAUGUUGAAUUUACCGGUAUACUUUUUUUAUCUAGAUUUUAUGUUCGAAUCGAGAUUGGCAUUUUUAAUUUUGAAAAUUUCAGAAUAAUAAUUAUAUUAAAGGUCAAUUUUCACGGUGAUGAAAUUUAACGAUCUUCAUUGAUCGAUGCUUAUUUUCAUUGAUCACGGCUGACUUGUAACUUAACAAACUUACGCUCCAACUACAAUAAUAAUAUACGAAUAAAAUUAAGUAAUGAUAAUAUUGGCAUCUAUAAUUCUAAUUAAAAGAAAAAUGAAGUGGGAAAUGUCAGACGUAGGAGCUAAAUGAUCCUAUGUUAUAAUGUUCUUAGAAUAGUUUUCUAGGAAUAUUUUAACGUAACAUUUGAUGUUAGAGGUUGCAAUGUAAAUAUAUUACUUACCAGAUCGAAGAGUUUGAUGAAAAGUGUUCCAUCUUUAUGAGAUUCUCCCUCUGUUUAGGCGUCAAAAAUGUAAAAGCAUUUUCCGUUUUUAAAUUUCAAUUUUCUGAAUUUUAUUAUUAAUUCUUUGGUAGUUGGAUUUUUCAAAUGAUGUACUUCAUAUUCGUCCAUGUUUUUUAAGAAGUUCAAUGCAAAUUUUUGUGUAAUUAUUCAUUUUUUCCUCAAUUUCCAAGCAGUCGGUAUGAAAUGAGCCCUAUGAAUCGUCAGUAAACUCGUUUUUAAAUUAA